UGAUCAUCAGAAAACCAGAGAUAAAAUGAUAAAACCAGGCAAAAAAUGAUAAAAACAGACAAAAAAAAGGGAAAAUAUGGAGCUUUAAGAUCAUUGGAAUCUAUUCCUGACUUUUAUGUUGAUUUCUGCAAUAUUAAUGAUAUAAAAGAGUAUGAAAAGUGCCUUUUUUCAUCAGAAACAUUAGAAACAGAUGAGGAGAUUAUGGAAUCAGUUGAUGAAAAGUGUCCAGUUUAUGAAUAUGUUCAGAAAUAUAAGAAAAUAGAGUAUAAUAAAAUUAGAAAAGGAACGGACGAGAAACGGGAGGGAUUUAUGCAUUAUCUUCUUCGAUGGCCUAUAGUGAUAUUUAUUUUUGGAUAUCUUUUUGUUUUGUUAAUUUUAUAUAUAAUAACGCGUUUUUAUAUAUCGUUAUAUGAGGGAUUGUAUAUAUGGAGAGGAGAAAGACAACGUCUUAGAAAAAGGCUUUAUACGGCAGAAUCGUACGCAGAAUGGAAGAAAGCGGCAUUAGAACUUGAUAGAUUUCUUGGGAAUGAUAAAUGGAUGGAAGAUCCGCAGUUUGAUUAUUAUGAUUACCAAUUAAUUAGUAAAGUGUCAAAAUAUUUGAAAACAUAUAGAGAAAAUGAAGAUAUAGAAGCUCUUAAGAGUGCAUUAGAAACAUGUAUCAAGCCUAAUUUUGGAGGCAUAGAAAACCCGUUACUAUAUAGCCAAACAUAUUUUGGGACAAAAUACUUAGCUGAAGGUUAUAUAACUGAAGUUGAAAAAUGUUUAAAAUAUAUAAUUAAUACUUCCAAAAUUUCAAUUGAAGAGAAACGAUCUUUUUUUGAACAUUUAACUAAGAAUUAUGGGAAUUCUGCAUUAUGUUUAUCUGGGGGUGCUACAUUUGCUUUUUAUCAUCUAGGCGUAAUCAAAGCAUUGCUUGACACGAAACUUCUCCCAAACAUAAUUACGGGAACUAGUGGAGGUGCUUUGAUUGCAUCAUUGGCCUGUACACGUACUGAUGAAGAACUUAUGGCUCUUCUUGUUCCAGAAUUAUCACACAAAAUUACAGCAUGUAACGAUAAAACACUUACAUGGUUAAAAAGAUGGUGGAAAACAGGCGCAAGAUUUGAUGCAGUGGAUUCUGCUGUUCGCUGCACAUGGUUUACUAGAGGAAGUACUACAUUUAUAGAAGCAUAUAAAAGAACUGGUAGAAUAUUAAAUAUAUCGGUAAUUCCUAAUGAUAUUCACUCUCCUCCAAAACUUUUGAAUUAUCUUACUGCACCUAAUACUGUGAUAUGGUCUGCAUUAAUAGCAAGUGCUGCUAUUCCUGGAAUUUUAAACCCAGUGCCUCUUAUGUCAAAAAAUUCUGAUGGUCAAUUAAUUCCUUAUAGUUUUGGUAAUAAAUGGAAAGAUGGAUCAUUACGAACAGAUAUCCCUACCCACUCAUUACAUAUAUAUUUUGAUGUCACAUAUUCAAUAGUGUCUCAAGUUAAUCCUCACAUAAAUACUUGGUUUUUUUCACCUAGAGGUUCAGUUGGUAAUCCUGUAGGCCAUAGAAAAGGUAAAGGAUGGAGAGGAGGAUUUCUUGGUAGUGCCAUUGAACAAUAUCUUAAGCAUGAUAUGUUCAAAUGGCUUCGUUUACUGAGAAAUCUCGAACUUAUGCCUAGACCUUUUGGCCAAGAUUGGGCUCACAUCUUUUUACAAAAAUUUGAGGGAAACAUAACAAUCCUACCAAAAACCAUAGCAUCCGACUUUUGGUAUAUAUUAACUGAUCCUGAUGAAAAACGCCUUAACCGAAUGAUACUUUAUGGACAAAAAGCUACUUUUCCAAAAUUAUUAUUUAUAUCCCAUAGAAUGAAAAUCGAAAAACUUAUUGAGCUUGGCCGUCUUUGUACACAAUCUCCAUAUACAUAAAGACCUAUUCAAAUAAUCCAUUCUGCACAUAAUUAGGUAAAAAACA